GGAUGCAGCAGCAGCUCGUCUCCGUCAGUCAGCUGAGCUUCAGAGGAGGCCCAGCAGCUGGCCGUCAGUCCUGACAGGUCCAAAGGUUGCUGCCUUCAGCCGCCUCCACUUACACAACUUUGAUUCGCUCCUCCCGAGCGGAGCCGACGGCGUGCUGCGCGCCGGAGCGUCUCAAACUUAACCGACCUGUUGAGCCGUAGUCCUGACAUCAUGUCUGCCGCCGCACGGAUGCAGCUGCUCGCGCCCAGAAACGUCCGGCUGCUGAGCCGGCGCCGUCACGAGCUGCUGGCCGGCAGCAGCGGAGCCGGUCCCGGGGUCCGCUCACUCACCUCUCCCCCUCUGUCCUCCUCCUCUCCCGGCAGAGCCCUGUCCAGUCUGAGCGCGACGCGGCGUGGGCUUCCCAAGGAGAAAAUGACCGAGAACGGAGUGAUGUCCCGGGCCAAGGUGCUGACCAUCGACACCAUCAACCCCACCGUGAAGAAGGUGGAGUACGCCGUGCGCGGGCCCAUCGUGCAGCGAGCCGUGGAGCUGGAGAGGGAGCUCUCUCAGGGAAUGAAGAAGCCCUUCGCAGAGGUCAUAAAGGCCAACAUCGGUGACGCGCAUGCUAUGGGCCAGCAGCCAAUCACUUUCUUCCGACAGGUCUUGGCCCUGUGCUCCUACCCCGAACUGCUGAGCGACAACACAUUCCCAGAGGAUGCUAAAAGUAGAGCCUGCCGCAUUCUGCAGUCCUGUGGAGGACACAGCAUGGGUUCCUACAGCGCCAGUCAAGGCAUCGACUCGGUGCGCAAGGACGUGGCCCGUUACAUCGAGCGGCGGGACGGCGGCGUGCCCUGCGACCCCGAUGACAUUUACCUGACCACGGGGGCCAGCGACGGCAUCGUGACUAUGCUGAAGCUGCUGGUGAGUGGUGAAGGUGCGACCCGUACCGGCGUCAUGAUCUCUAUACCUCAGUACCCGCUGUAUUCCGCUGCACUGGCCGAACUGGGCGCCGUGCAGAUCAACUAUUACCUUAACGAGGACAAGUGCUGGAGCAUGGACAUCCCCGAGCUGCAGCGUGCCUUGGAUGAGGCCAGAGAAUACUGCAACCCCCGAGCUCUGUGCAUCAUCAAUCCUGGAAACCCCACCGGUCAGGUCCAGAGCAGAGAAUGCAUCGAGGAUGUAAUCCGAUUUGCAGCUAAGGAGCGUCUCUUCCUCAUGGCUGAUGAGGUGUACCAGGACAACGUGUACGCCGACGGUUGCCAGUUCCACUCUUUUAAGAAGGUGCUGUUUGAGAUGGGGCCAGAGUACUCGGAAACCGUGGAACUGGCAUCCUUCCACUCCACCUCCAAGUGUUAUAUGGGAGAGUGCGGUUUCCGUGGCGGCUACAUGGAGAUCAUCAACAUGGACAACGAGGUGAAGGCCCAGCUGACCAAGCUGGUGUCAGUCCGUCUGUGCCCCCCUGUUCCCGGACAGGCUCUGAUGGACCUUGUGGUCAACCCCCCGCAGCCCGGGGAGCCUUCCUAUGACAGCUUUAUCAAGGAACGCACAGCCACAUUAAGUGCCUUAGCAGAGAAGGCCAAACUCACAGAGCAGGUCCUCAACACCGUGCAGGGCAUCAGCUGCAACCCUGUGCAGGGCGCCAUGUACUCCUUUCCUCGCAUAACCAUCCCUGAAAAGGCCGUCAAAGAGGCCACGGAACAAGGACAGCAGCCAGAUAUGUUCUACUGCAUGAAGAUGCUGGAGGAAACAGGAAUCUGCCUCGUACCUGGAAGCGGCUUCGGCCAGAAGGAUGGAACCUACCACUUCAGAAUGACCAUCCUGCCACCGACAGACAAGCUGAAGAUCCUGCUGGACAAAGUCAAGGAGUUCCACCAGAAGUUCACGCAGCAGUACUCCUAAAUGUUCCCACUCACCGCCGUUUCCCCUCCAUUCACGAAAGGAGGUGCUCGCCAACAACAACAAAAAGUAUAAGCCAAUGAGAAUUCAUCUGUCACUGAUAAGUGCCUUCUCUGCGGUGGCUCUGGUCGUCUCUGUGAUGACGCCCUUCGGCCUUUUUAUCACAUUUGGACAUUCGGGGACCUCACUCCUGGUUUGUGUCGGAAAACAAAACCAAACUGGAAGAAGUUGAGUCAGACACCUGCGUCAGUUUCCGUGCAAAAAAGAAAAAAAAGAAAAAAAAAAAAGGCUUCGUCUGUUGUCUGUGUUGUUUAAUUUUUAAGGGAUGUAUAUACUGUAGGUCUGUGAAUUCCUGAGUUUACCAGAUAGCUGAGUUCUGAGAAUAUUAAGCUUGAAACGAAGGUACAACUGAAGAAAAAAGGAUGCUGCUUAUAAACCCUGAGUACGUGUAUAACCGGUGAAAAUAUUCCAUUCCUGCAGGCUGUACUUGACAGGAGGAUAUGCUGAAAGAGACCCAUUUGCAUGAUGAUUCACUAGGAGAUAAUUUUGUAGAGUCAAAAUAAAUGUAACAGUCUA